AUGUUCCAGUGGAAGAAGACCAUCUACAAAACGGUUUGCCUGUCCUUCUUGCUGGUGAUCAUGGUGACGGUGCUGCAAAGGGGCAUSGCCCCCAGCCAGUUCAUGCAGGGCCAGCAGCAGAAAGACCCGCUCCUGCCCGAGCCCCUGAAAACUCAGAAGAGAGACAGCGCCUUCUCCAUCUCCAUCACCAGCACCUUCUGGAAGAGCAAGAAGGAGAAACCUUCCACGGAGGAGGAAAGGGUGGCAGAGAAGCACUCAAGAUCCUGGGACAUCACCACUACCAACUGCUCGGCCAACCAGAACUUCAGCAAGGUGGACUGGUUCAAAGGGCUGGAGCCAAACUUCCAGCAGUUCCUGCUCUAUCGRCACUGCCGCUACUUCCCCAUGCUCAUCAACCACCCCGAAAAAUGCACCGGGGACGUCUACCUGCUGAUAGUAGUCAAGUCCAUCAUCACGCAGCACGACCGCCGCGAGGCCAUCCGCAGGACCUGGGGCCAGGAGAAGGAGGUGGAUGGUAAGAAGAUCAGGACGCUCUUCUUGCUGGGCAUAGCCUCCAAGGAGGAGGAGAGAGCCAACUACCAGAAACUGCUGGAUUACGAGAACCACAUCUAUGGGGACAUCUUGCAGUGGGAUUUCCUGGACAGUUUCUUCAACCUCACCCUCAAAGAGGUCCAUUUCCUCAAGUGGCUGAACAUCUACUGCGACAACGUCCGUUACAUCUUCAAAGGCGACGACGACGUGUUUGUGAGUCCCGACAACAUCCUCGAGUUCCUGGAGGACAAGAAAGAGGGAGAGGACCUCUUUGUAGGGGACGUUCUCUACAAGGCCAAGCCCAUCCGGAAGAAGGAGAACAAGUACUACAUUCCCAGCGCCCUCUACAACAAAAACAACUACCCUCCCUACGCAGGAGGUGGAGGCUUCAUCAUGGAUGGGUCCCUAGCCAAGAGGCUGCACAAGACCUCGGAGACACUGGAGUUGUACCCCAUCGACGAUGUCUUCUUAGGGAUGUGCUUGGAGGUCCUCAAGGUAUCACCAAUYGGGCACGAGGGCUUCAAAACUUUUGGCAUCGUGAAGAACAAGAACAGCAAGAUGAACAAGGAGCCGUGUUUUUUCCGGAGUAUGCUGGUGGUUCAUAAACUGCUGCCCCCAGACUUGCUCCAAAUGUGGGACUUGGUCCACAGUAACUUGACGUGCUCAAGAAAACUCAACAUCCUUUAGCUCAGCCUCUGUGGGGAGCUGGGACUGAAG